AUGAGCUCCGCAGCGCGACCGCGAUGCUUCCUGGACAUUGCGUUCGACGGGCAGUUCGUCGGCAGAAUCGAGGUGGAGGUCCGGCCGGACGUGGCGCCGAAGACGGUGGAGAACUUUGUCGGCUUGUGCAAUGGGACAAGCUCGGGACUGGGCUAUAAGGGCCUGACGCUGCACCGCAUCAUCCCCGGAUUCAUGGCGCAGGUACGGGUCGCACCGCAGACUGCCAGUUCUUCAUCUGCUUCACUGCUACGCCUUACCUGGACGGCCGUCACCAGGAAGGUGGUCAUAGAUGAUGGGUGUGCAUGUGCGUUGGUGCUUCCAACCAACUCACUUUCCAUGCUUGCUUCUCCCCCUCCCCUCCCCACCCUCUCAGACUGCCAGUUCUUCAUCUGCUUCACUGCUACGCCUCACCUGGAUGGCAAGCAUGUCGUCUUUGGGAAGGUGGUUUCAGGAAUGGAUGUCGUUGACAAGCUGGAGUCAGUCGGUAGCGACAGUGGCAAGACGUCGGUGGAGGUUACUAUUCAGGACUGCGGCCAGCUCGUGUAA